GAAAGGAGUUGUCUGGGCCGGAGCUUAAGAAAUGCGUUCUUAGUCAGUUUCCCACAUGGUUAGCUAUAGACAGUGGGCAAGAGCUUAAGAAGUUGAGCAUACUUAGAGAGAUAGCUCUAGGCGCAGUUAUGGUGCCUGUGCUGGUACUUUACCUUCUUUGCAUUGGGGCAGCAGCACUCGCGUAUCUCCAGCGAUGGAGAAGAUUCAAAGCGAUGGAUCUGCCUCCUGGGAGCCUGGGCCUUCCGCUACUUGGCGAGACCCUCCAGUUCAUACGAUACACCAAGAGCAACCGGCCCUGGGAGUUUAUCGAACAGCGGGAAGCCAAGUACGGUAAGAUCUUCAAGACCUCAUUGUUUGGCUCCCCAAUGGUGAUGGUCAGUCCUCCCCAAGGCAACAAGCUUGUCUUCUCAAACCACAACCUCUUGGUGGAGACUGCGUGGCCUAGCCCGAUGAAGACGCUGGUUGGAUCAAACGCCAUAAACUUCAUGUCUGGAGAGGAGGCCAAGAGCUUCCGUGACGUGCUCAUGACCUUUCUGAGUGCUCAAGCCGUCCAGAGCCAAGUUGUGCCUACGAGCAAUAUGAUUCAAGAUCACCUCCACAAGCACUGGAAGCAUGGGGAGACCGUGCUGGCUUAUUCUCUCAUCAAACAGGCUCUCUUCUCGGUCACCUGUUGUGCAUUCCUCAGCGUGAGUGAUGAAGAAGAACAGCUGGAGCUGCUCGAGCCGCUGGCCAAGAUCAUCAAGGGGCUCAUCUCCUUGCCGCUCGAUCUCCCCUGGACGAACUUCCACCACGCCAAGAAGGGCCGGGUGGAGCUCUACAAGAUGUUUGACAAGUAUAUCGCGCGGAGAAGGAUCGAGCUCGAGAAUGGGUCGUCUUCCCAGCAAGAUCUCCUGUCACUGCUUCUCAGCACCAAGCUCGACAAUGGCAAGCUCAUGAACGACGACCAGAUCAAAGACAACAUCCUAUCGCUGCUCUUCGCCGGCCAUGACACCAGUUCCAGCUCGCUAGCCAUGACCCUCAAGUGCCUGGCUCAAAAUCCAGCCUGCUACCAGGAACUUCGCAGAGAACACUUGGAUAUACUAUCAGCCAAGCAGCCUGGGGAGGAACUCAACCAGAACGACCUCCGCAAGAUGAAAUACACAUGGAUGGUCAUCCAGGAGACACUGCGAGUGAUGCCGACCGGGUUUGGCAUCCUUCGCAAAGCCCUCAAAGAUAUCGAGAUGGAUGGUUUCACCAUCCCAAAAGGCUGGCAGCUCUUAAUAUCGGGCUACCGGAGCUACAGAAAACCAGAGUUUUUUGCCGAGCCUUUCAAGUUUGAGCCAUCCCGAUUUGCAGAAGGCACGGGACCGGUUCCAUACACAUAUAUUCCAUUCGGUGGAGGACCCCGGAUUUGCCCGGGCAUCCAACUUGCGAAAAUGCAGGUGAUGGUGUUUCUUCACCACUUAGUCACAAGAUAUGAGUGGACCCUAGUGGAACCCGAUGAACCAGUUUCCUAUACCCCAGUUGCAAUGCCGACUAAAGGACUGCCAAUUAAGUUAAAGUAGAAAUACUCAAUGUAUAGACCUAAGUUAUUGCUAGUCAAUAAAGGUACAGUCUUAUUUUUUACU